AUGGACCGAAAUUUUAACACCAGGCGAUCUGUAGAUAGCGCUCGCUCGUUCGCUGCUCCUCCUUCCCCUCUCAAUCCUUCUCCUCUCUCACCAUCCCAUGCCUCCGUGAGCAAUACCUCGGCACCUACCAAUAUCGACAAUCCUCCGCGAUCGAGGCCUGGCCGCUCCGUCUCCCACUCGCUCAAUCUCUCGUCUUCCGCCAGCAGGAAGAGCCGACAUGCUGAGCCGGGAACAAGCGACGCCCACUCCGCCAUCGCCAGCCUCUCUAUGCCCCCGCCGCCUUCCGUGCCCUUGAAGAGUCCUCGAAGCUCCCUCUGUCGUAGCCGUCGCGAAUCCAACAAUUCGCUCGAGGCCUGGAGCGACUCCGCCCUACAAUUCGCCGACGUCGACGAAAUCGAUACCCCACGCCUCAUGUCUGGGCCCGGCAACGAGCGAGAUCCCACCGCCCCAUUUCGCCCCCUCCCCGAGCCCGCCCUGACAACCCGCAAUUCUUUCUCGUCCGACUCGGAGCUGAAGCGCAACUCAGUCUCGAGCGUUUUUUCCGUCUACUCGCUUGCCUCAGCUCGCGGCGUUAUUCCAUCUUCGGCACCCGCCGCCGCCCAAUCUUCGGCAGCCUCCACGAACGGUUCUGACGGCGGUCCUGCUCGUUCGGUUUCCGGAAUCAUGUCGUCCGGGAAGCCCGUCACGAACGCCUCCCAGCCAGGCGCCGAGGUCUCAAACGUGACCGUCACCACCUCGUCCACCGCACAGAAUGGCAGCACCGCUGCUGCCGGCACCCAUCACCUCACUCCGCGCGACAACCACAACCACAACCAACACGAUCUGAUCAAGCGUCCUCACCGCGACCAUCACCAUCGUCCGCAGCCCACCCGAUCCCGUAGCAGAAACAAGCGCAGAUUCAGUGGAAGUACCGGUGCUAGUAGCCACAGCCCCAGCAGCGAUCGGGGACCCUACCACGGCGGCAAGGAGAAAGAAGAGGUCAAGCCAGCGCCUUGGGGUGUUAUUGGAGUCUGCGCGUUGGACGUCAAGGCUCGAAGCAAGCCCAGUAGAAAUAUUCUCAACCGCCUCAUUGCCAACCGCGAGUUCGAUGUGGUUGUGUUUGGUGACAAGGUCAUCUUGGACGAAGAGGUUGAGAAUUGGCCAAUCUGCGAUUAUUUGAUCUCGUUCUACUCCGAUGGCUUCCCAUUGGACAAAGCCAUCGCGUAUGUCAAGACGCGCAAACCAUUCUGCGUCAAUGAUGUGCCUAUGCAAAAGAUCCUCUGGGAUCGUCGUCUUUGCUUGAACAUUCUGGACCGUAUAAACGUGCCGACUCCGAAGCGUAUCGAGGUCAAUCGUGACGGUGGACCAGACAUCCUGACCCCGGACACGGCCAAGCACAUCAAAGAUGUUACUGGCAUCACACUAGACCCCGAGGAAUUGGGCUACAACCGCUUGCCUCGAAAGGUUGAGUUGCUUGAUGACGGUGAUAUUCUCAGCGUAGAUGGCGCCCUUCUCAAGAAACCGUUCGUCGAAAAACCCGUCAGCGGUGAGGACCAUAACAUCAUCAUUUACUUCCCCAAGUCAACGGGAGGCGGCGCCCGCAGACUGUUCCGCAAAAUCGGCAACAAGAGUUCCGAGUACGAUCCGGAAUUGAACAUUCCCCGCGCUAUUCUCGAGCCGGAGAACAGUUACAUCUACGAAGCGUUUAUGCGUGUUGACAACGCCGAGGAUGUCAAGGCUUACACCGUCGGACCGAAUUACUGUCAUGCGGAGACAAGAAAAUCGCCAGUCGUUGAUGGCGUUGUGAGGCGUAACACUCACGGCAAGGAACUGCGAUAUGUGACGGGUCUCAACGCCGAGGAGAAGGAAAUUGCAAGCAAGAUCUCGACUUCCUUCGGCCAAAGGGUCUGUGGAUUUGACUUCCUGCGGGCUGGUGGAAAGAGCUACGUGAUUGACGUCAAUGGUUGGAGUUUCGUCAAGGACAAUGAUGAUUACUACGACCACUGCGCCAACAUUUUGAAGGAGGUCUUCGUCAAGGAGAGGUUGAGACGAGGCGGUGUUACCUCCCCAGCACCAUCUCCAGCUCCUUCAGAUGUAGUAGACCCGUUGGCAGCCCGAGGCAAGGAGAAGGACACCCAGCCCACCUCCGCGCCCCCAACUCAGAACAAGUCAUUUGGCAGCGUGUCAGCUGCCUCCGAGAAGCAACCGACGGAGCCCAAACCGAUACCUACGAGCGCACCUCCUCAGAAAUCCGAGAGCGGGCUGACAUCCGCGGUCACAAGCUCUUGCACCAGCCCGACACUCCCGCCUCCUCCUCCGCUGAUGGAUCCAGCCGUAGCAAGUGUUCCAUCGACGACAGCAUCUGCAACCCCCUCUGCGACACCGUCUCUUCAGGGCGAGGUUCCCGCACCGCCCGAGGAGGCUCCAGCACCGCCACCGCCGAAGCACUCUUGGAAGCUGAAGGGUAUCGUUUCCGUCAUCCGACACGCCGAUCGUACUCCCAAGCAAAAGUACAAAUUCACGUUCCACACCGCGCCGUUCAUCGAACUACUCAAGGGUCACCAGGAGGAGGUUCUUCUUAUUGGCGAGGCUGCCUUGGCUAGUGUGCUGCAAGCUGUCGAUGUUGCGUUGAAGGCUGGGGUCGAGGAUCGCCAAAAGCUCAAGUCUCUUCGCAACGUCCUCGUCAAGAAGGGUGGAUGGGCUGGUACCAAGGUGCAGAUCAAGCCCAUGUUCCGAAAGAAGAAGACAGAGGAGAACGCUGUUUCCUCAGGCGACGAGCUCUCCCAGGUGUUGAAGGAAGGCGUGGCAACGGACUUUGCCGAGAAGUCGCAGGAUGACGCUUCCAAGACGGAUAACUCAUCUCCCUCUCGCAAACCGCCCAAGAGACACGAUUCACUGUCUGGCGUUACCAUGUCUCGUAUUACAGCCGCAGAGGAGAGUCUGGUCCUGGAUAAGCUUCAACUCAUUGUGAAAUGGGGUGGUGAGCCGACUCACUCAGCCCGGUACCAAGCCCAAGAGUUGGGCGAGAACAUGCGCAACGACUUCAACCUGCUUAACCGCGAUGUACUCGAUGAGGUCCACGUGUUCAGCAGCUCCGAGCGUCGCGUCACAACUAGCGCGCAGAUCUGGGCGUCUGCUUUCCUGGAUCGCAAAGACCUCCCCGAGGACUUCAUCACGAUUCGCAAGGAUCUCCUCGACGACUCGAAUGCCGCCAAGGACGAGAUGGACAAGGUCAAGAAGAAGCUCAAGGGCCUCCUCCGCAAAGGGAACGAGCGGCCGUCUCAGUUCGCCUGGCCCGACAAGAUGCCCGAGCCGGCCGAGGUUCAGACUCGCGUCGUCCAGCUGAUGAACUUCCAUCGCCGGGUGAUGCACCACAACUACGCCAAGUUGAACAACGGUAGCGCCGUCGCGUCUCUCAACACCCACAUCGUCAACCCGGGCUCGGAGAAGCACGCGAACGGGGAGUCCUCGGGCUCGACGAGCACCUCGUCCACGGGGUCGGCCCUGGCGCAGGCCAACGCCAUCAACAGCAUCCAGACCCGCUGGUGCUGCGGAGAGGAUGCGGAGCUUUUCAGGGAGCGGUGGGAGAAGCUGUUCGCCGAGUUCUGCGACGGCGAAAAGGUCGACCCCAGCAAGAUCUCAGAGCUUUACGACACGAUGAAGUUCGACGCCCUGCACAACCGCCAGUUCCUCGAAUGGGUCUUCACCCCGCCCAAGGCCAUGCUGGAAGAGGAGUACGGCACCAAGGACAAGGACGGCAAGGAGACGAGCAAGGACGGAAAGGCCACGGAAAAGGGUUCGGACGAGGGGAAGUCGUCCCAGGACGACAAGCGGGACUUUUCGGGUUCCAGCGACAAGGCGGAGAAGAGUGAUGCCAGCAAGAGCUCGACGUCCGUUAGGCGCAUCUUCCGCCGCCGCUCGUUCCUGAACGGCCUGCUGCACAACGGAGAGCAGGCCGCGCCGGAGCAGUACUUCCAUCUCUACAAGGGCACCACCCAGACAAAGGCCAAGACGGACGCCCGCUUCGAGCCGCUCAGGGAGCUCUACCAGCUCGCCAAGGUGCUCUUCGACUUCAUCUGCCCGCAGGAGUACGGAAUCUCGGACAGCGAAAAGCUGGAGAUCGGUUUGUUGACAUCGUUGCCGCUGCUCAAGGAGAUCGUCCAGGAUCUCGAGGAGAUGCAGGCGUCCAACGACGCCAAGUCCUUCUUCUACUUCACGAAGGAGUCACACAUCUACACCCUCCUCAACUGCAUUCUCGAGGGCGGCAUCGAGACGAAGAUCAAGCGCAGCACGAUUCCCGAGCUCGACUACCUAUCGCAGAUCUGCUUCGAGCUCUACGAGUCCGAGAUCAAGGUCCCCGCCGACACGCCCGAGGGCGGAGAGGAGCAGGCCUUCGCCUACAGCAUCAGGAUCACCAUCAGUCCCGGAUGCCACGUCUACGACCCCCUCGACGUGCAGCUCGACAGCAAGCACAGCAUCAGCUGCGCGCCCCGACGUAGCUUGACCCCUCACGCCGACUGGAUGCAGGUGAUCCGCACCCUGAGGGCAAAGUUCAACCAAGUCAAACUGCCAAAGACCUUCCUCGCCAUCAACCUGUCAGAUCUGUUCUCGUUCGAGGACCACGAGAGACGGGAUAGUGAUACCGAGGGGCUCGUGAUGAAGUCAUUGCACAAAUCGAAGGCCGCGGACGCCGAGGAUAAGCCAGACGCUACGCCGCCUGAUGACGAGCUCGUUGCGGUCGGGGAGCUACUUACCGCGAAUCUGAAGAGGGAGGAGGAACCGGUGAGCCCCGGAACAAAGGUCGACGGUCCGGAUGCCGUGACGGUUGCCGAGGAGGUCAGUGAGGUGAUCACGCAAGAGGAGGCUGUCAAGUCGGAAGAAGAACCCGCAGCUUCUUCGUGA